UCUUCCUUUACCAAGAAGCCAGUAAUUUGGUUCCUUUGGCACGGAUUAAAUUGGAGAGCGUGGAAUUCAUUGUAUCUGGGCAAAUAUGCAUCGACUUCUGGUACCACAUGUGGGGAUCUGAGAUGCUAAAUGAACUGAAGGUGAUGGUUAAGAAAGAUCUGACAGAAAUAGACGCCUGGAGAAAGAAUGGCAACCAGGGAAAUUCCUGGCUGUACGGAUCACGCACACUUCAAUUCCCGACAAACUCCAGCAUAAAGGUGACUUUCGAGGCUGUUCGUGGGAAGACUGAGAAUGGAGACACAGCGAUCGAUAACAUUGCGAUCCGAAGGGGAAGGUGCAACAAAGAAUCAUCCUGCAUUUUGCAAGGGGACCCUCACUACCUGACCUUUGAUCAGCAAACCCACAACUUUAUGGGAACGUGCACGUAUACUUUAUCCAAACUGUGCGAUGCCAACAGCAGCCUGCCUUACUUCAAUGUUGAAGCUGCCAACGAGCGGAGAUCCGGAAAUCCCCACGUGUCCUACGUCAGACACGUCAAUGUUGAUGUUUACAGUCACAGAAUCGUGCUGGGAAAGGAACGCGUGGUAAAGGUGGAUGGGGAAGUGACAGUGUUGCCUGUGUGGGUCACCCCAAAUGUUCUCGUCGCUCGGACUGGGCAGUACGUGGUCCUCACCACCAGCUUUGGAUUGCGGGUGAAGUUCAAUGGCAAACAUCGGGCUGAGGUCACUCUCCCCAAUCUCUUCAUGGCCAAGGUGUGUGGAAUGUGUGGCAACUACAAUGAAGACAGAAAGGAUGAUUUUCUGAAUCCAGAUGGAAUAAUGGAGCCUGAUUCAGUCAGCUUGGGCAAUAGCUGGCAGACACAAAAUGACUCCAGAUGUGCUCCUGACAUCGGCAUCAGACCGAAUUGCUCCAUCGAUGAAAAGCGCGACAUAGAGAGUAAGGACUACUGUGGCAUAAUCCUGGAUGUGCACGGUCCUUUCAAAGGGUGCCAUUACAUAGUGAACCCAGAGGCUUACUUUGCUGACUGUGUGUACGACCUCUGUGCGUUAGGCAUGGAUCAGGAGUCUCUGUGCAGCAGUCUGGAGUCCUAUGGAGAUGCGUGCCAGUCAGAGGGGGCGAUAGUGGAAGCCUGGAGGAACGAGACCUUUUGCCGUAAGUGCUUUGCAGCAGACUGCCUGAUCUUUCAAUGUCACUCAGAGGAGAUAAAAUUCAUAGGUUAUAGGAGCAAAAUUAGGCCAUUCGGCCCAUCAACUCUACUCCGCCAUUCAAUCAUGGCUGAUCUACGUGUGAUUGUAUGGAUUGUCUUCACAGCGCUGGAGUGUGGAGCCAACAGUCACUAUGAGCAGUGGGGCACGGCCUGUCCAGCAACUUGUGACAACCCACAUGCUCCAUCCGACUGCUUGGAGUCCAACGUGGAAGGAUGCCUGUGCGACAGUGGUUACGUUCUCUCCGAUGACAGAUGUGUGCCCGAACAUCAGUGUGGCUGCUGGCAUGAUGGCAAGCACUACCCUGUGGGCAAUGAGUUCUGGACCGAUGAUACCUGCUCAACUCAAUGCCGCUGCCCUUCUGCGGGCAGUGAGCUGGAGUGCUGGAGCUCGACCUGCCCUGACGAUUCACACUGCGGGAUUGCGGAUGGAGUGCCUGGUUGCUACCCACACACCUACGGUGUCUGUAGGGUCCACAAUGAUCCGCAUUAUAACACAUUUGACAAGGAGACCCUUCACUUCAUGGGUAGCUGUACCUACCUGCUGGCCAAGCUGUGUGUAAACUCCUCACUUCCCUACUUCAACAUCGAAGCGAAGAAUGAACAUCGCGGUAACGCUAAAGUGUCUUAUGUUCAGAAAGUUCUGGUAGCAGUUCAUGGUCACGAGGUGUGGAUUGUCAAGAGUGAACGCCAUCGCGUGCUGGUCGAUGAAGUGUGGACGACCCUCCCUGUCCGGCUGGCUGACGGUGCGGUGAGCGUGAGCAGGAGCGGCAGGUACGUGGUCCUGUCUACUGACUUUGGCCUGGACGUCUCCUACGACACUGACCACUCGGUGGAAGUGAAACUGCCCAGUACCUACUUUAACCAGACUUGCGGCAUGUGCGGUAACUACAACGGAUUGAGGAAGGACGACCGCGCGAAACGUGACGGGGAGCAAGCCAGAGAUGACAACGAGCUGGGGAACAGCUGGAAGGUGUGGGCUGAUGAACCAGGUUGUGACCCGGGCGAGGCAGAGGGGUGCCCACCCGCUGACGAGGAGCGGUACAGCGGCGAUGCUUUCUGCGGCCUGAUCACCAGUCAGCAGGGCCCGUUUGUGGACUGCCAUUCUGUCAUCAACCCCCAAGGCCUGUUCGAAAGCUGCGUGGUUGAAAUGUGCUUGUUGGAAGGACACCAAGAGGCGCUGUGCAAUUCCCUGCAAACCUACACCGAUGCCUGCAAGACGGUGGGAGUGAGCGUUCAACCCUGGAGGAACUCGACAUUCUGCCCUAUCAAGUGUGAACCCAACAGCCAUUACAACACGUGUGCCAGUGCAUGCCCGGCCACUUGCUCUGACCGUUUUGCUUCAGAAAACUGUAGCAAACCUUGCGUGGAGGACUGUGAGUGUAACCACGGCUUUGUCGUCAGUGGGAGCGUAUGUGUACCCGUCACCAACUGUGGCUGCACGCACAAGGACAAGUACUACCAGAAAGGGGAAAUGUUCUGGGAAGAAGGAUGUCGGGAGAGGUGCCACUGUGCUGGCAACGAUCGAGUGGAGUGCGAGCCUGGAUCUUGUGGAGCGGGAGAGGUUUGCAAAGUUCAGGGCGGCAAUUUGGGAUGUCACAAAGCGGACACUGCCAUCUGCCACGUGUACGGUGACCCACACUACACGACCUACGAUGGGAAGCUUUACCAUUACCAGGGUGCCUGCAAUUAUACCAUGACGGAGACCUGUGGGAAUACAUCUGUUCAAUUCUCUGUGACCAGUAGAAAUGAACACAGAGGUAGUCAAACGUGGUCGAUCCUUAACUCUGUCGCCUUGCAUCUGGAGAACCUCCACAUCGCAGUGCGGAAGCAUAAGCAUGUUUAUGUGGAUGGGGUGAAGAUUGAACUCCCUGCGAGACCCAGUCCUUCGGUCGGACUGUCACUGGUCGGGCCGUUUGUGCUGCUUGAGACCGACUUUGGUCUCCAGGUGAAGUUUGAUGGGGAUCACCAACUGGUAGUCGUGGUGGACGAGCGAUACAAAGGACAGCUGUGCGGCAUGUGUGGGACCUACACCAAUGACCAGCUGGAUGACUUUGUGAAACCCGACGGAAUUCUAGCCUUGGAUUCCAAUCAGUUUGGAAACAGUUGGGCGGUCACUGAUGGGGACUGGCCGUGUGACCCAUCUGCUCCACCGCCACCGACCUGUGAUGCACCAUCAAAUGAAGAGGGAGAGAAAUAUUGCAAGAUUAUUUUGGACAACCCCGGUCCAUUUAAAAACUGCCACUGGCAAAUCCCGCCUCAGCUAUACUUUGAGAGCUGCGUCUACGAUCAUUGUGUUACCGGUGGGGAUUCUGUGCAGCUGUGCAACACCCUGGAGUCUUAUGCUUCAGCCUGUGAAGCAGCGGGCGUUGUGCUGGGGGACUGGAGGCAGCAGAGCGGCUGUGCUGACAAAAAUACGUUUGUAGAUGACCAUACUUCACUUGUUAAAUGUUUCCUUACAGUUCGUGCCACUUGCAGUGCCUCAGGAGAUCCUCACUACAACACGUUUGACACGCGUGUUCAUCACUUCAUGGGAACGUGCACAUACGUGCUCUCUAAGCUGUGCAACGGAUAUUCAGGCCUCCCUUACUUUGAGGUGUCAGCCACAAAUGAGCACAGAGGGGCCAACACCAAAGUGUCCUACAUUAAAUCCGUGCACGUGGCUGUACACAACAACACAGUUUCAAUCAUGAAAAAUCGUAAAGUCCUGCUGAAUGGAGAAAGAGUAAACCUGCCUGUGUCGGUCAAGGACCUUCUGGUGGUACGGAUAAGCGGUGGCUACGUUUUACUGGAGACUAACUUUGGCUUGUUGGUGAGGUUUGAUGGUCGCCAACAUGUAGACGUGUCCGUGCCGUCCUCAUAUUCUGGACUGCUUUGUGGUCUGUGUGGUAACUACAACGGUGACCCUAAUGAUGAUAUUAUUAUGCCCAAUGGCAGUCUUGCAGCAGACUCUAAUAUGCUUGGAGAGAGUUGGCAAGUCGAUAACGGAGAAACUGAGUGUAAUCACGGCGGGAACGGCUUUCAAUGUGAUCCAGCUGAUAAGGAGAAUGCAGAAAAAGAUACUGCUUGUGGGAUGAUUACAGAUCCAACAGGAAUAUUUAAAGAAUGCCACGAGAAAGUUCCUCCCAAGAAUUACUUUGACAACUGUGUCUAUGAUGUGUGCGCUGAGGGAGGGCUGUCGACGACACUUUGUUUAGCCCUGCAAACCUAUGCUGCCUUGUGCACACAAGCUGGAGUGUGUGUAGAAUGGAGAAACAACACGUUAUGCUGUAAGUUAUACUCUGCUGUACAUCGCCAAUGUCUAUCCUGUCCAAAAGGCCAAAAUAAAUCUUCAGUCACUUCAUAUUCUCUCAAACUAUUUUGGAACAUCAGAAAAGUAAUGAAAAAAUGGGUGAAAUCAUUGGUGUUAUCAAGUGAUAUAUUGACCAACAGCAUGCUCACCUAUGCCAAGUUUGUGUUUGGCCACAAAGUUCCAAAUCUUGAAAGUGACGUCCCUUGCUAUCGAUGGAAGAAUAUUACCAAAGACAUCUGCACACCAACCUGUCCUAGUGGUAGCCACUAUGAGACUUGUGGUACAGGUUGUCCCACUACCUGCAUGGAGACAUCUGCACCUGACAGCUGUCCUCUACCAUCUGUUGAAGGAUGUUUCUGUGACCCUGGAUACACUCUUAGUGGAGACAUCUGUAUUCUGAACAGUCAGUGUGGCUGUGUGCACCACAACAAAUAUUAUCAGAGUUCUGAAAGCUGGUUCUCAAAUGAGAACUGCACGGAGCACUGUACGUGCAUGGGCAACAACGUCACUCUCUGUAAUACCUCGGCGUGCGAACUGCAUGAGAUAUGUGAGAGAUGGGAUGGAGUUCUGGGCUGCCAGAUGGCAGGUUGUUUCUGGGAUUGUAACUUUGACAGUAACCUGUGCCAGUGGUCGCAAUCCAAGGACGACACGUUGGACUGGAGACGCAACAGUGGGUCGACACCCUCGCCUAUCACAGGACCCGACUUUGACCACACCACUGCAGGUGGUCACUACAUUUACUUGGAAGGCAACGAUGGCAAACCAGGGGACCGAGCCAACUUGGUCAGCCCUCCAUGUGCAAACGGAGGGGCUUACUGCAUGCGAUUCUGGUACCACAUGUACGGAGUGGCCCGAACUAUGAUGUUGAACGUUUACCAGGUUGAACAUGGAAUCGAGUACCUGGAGUGGUCGAUGACUGGAAAUAAGGGCAACAGGUGGAUAGAGGGAGAACUAGACUUCUACCUCUCUCCAAAUUCACAGAUCCUCCUUCAAGCAGUUCGUGGCAAUGACUUCCGGAGUGAUGUUGCUGUGGAUGACAUUUCCUUCCACGCCGGAUGUUGUGGAGAGGGAUGUGGCACAACAGCUGCCACCACUACCACCACCUCAAUGACACCCACCACUCCGAAGUCUGAUACCAUAGUUCGUGCCACUUGCAGUGCCUCAGGAGAUCCUCACUACAACACGUUUGACACGCGUGUUCAUCACUUCAUGGGAACGUGCACAUACGUGCUCUCUAAGCUGUGCAACGGAUAUUCAGGUCUCCCUUACUUUGAGGUGUCGGCCACAAAUGAGCACAGAGGGGCCAACACCAAAGUGUCCUACAUUAAAUCCGUGCACGUGGCUGUACACAACAACACAGUUUCAAUCAUGAAAAAUCGUAAAGUCCUGCUGAAUGGAGAAAGGGUAAACCUGCCCGUGUCGAUCAAUGACCUUCUGGUGGUACGGAUAAGCGGUGGCUAUGUUUUACUGGAGACUAACUUUGGCUUGUUGGUGAGGUUUGAUGGUCGCCAACAUGUAGACGUGUCCGUGCCGUCCACAUAUUCUGGACUGCUUUGUGGUCUGUGUGGUAACUACAACGGUGACCCUAAUGAUGACAUUAUUAUGCCCAAUGGCAGUCUUGCAGCAGACUCUAAUAUGCUUGGAGAGAGUUGGCAAGUCGAUAACGGAGAAACUGAGUGUAAUCACGGCGGGAACGGCUUUCAAUGUGAUCCAGCUGAUAAGGAGAAUGCAGAAAAAGAUACUGCUUGUGGGAUGAUUACAGAUCCAACAGGUAGGCAUAAAAAAAUGAAGCAACCAAUUCCAACAGAUAAUAUAAAUAAAAGCUGUAACCAAACAAUCCCCAGAAUGAUCUCAAAACGUUCUGAAUUGGAAAUUUCCGAUUUACAUUUAAAUAUUUUUCUUUCAGGAAUAUUUAAAGAAUGCCACGAGAAAGUUCCUCCCAAGAAUUACUUUGACAACUGUGUCUAUGAUGUGUGCGCUGAGGGAGGGCUGUCGACGACACUUUGUUUAGCCCUGCAAACCUAUGCUGCCUUGUGCACACAAGCUGGAGUGUGUGUAGAAUGGAGAAACAACACAUUAUGCUGUAAGUUAUACUCUGCUAUACAUCGCCAAUGUCUAUCCUGUCCAAAAGGCCAAAAAAAAUCUUCAGUCACUUCAUAUUCUCUCAAACUAUUUUGGAACAUCAGAAAAGUAAUGAAGAAAUGGGUGAAAUCAUUGGUGUUAUCAAGUGAUAUAUUCACCAACAGCAUGCUCACCUAUGCCAAGUUUGUGUUACUCCAGCAUUUGUGUCUAUCCGUGGUGUCACCAACCUGUCCUAGCGGUAGCCACUAUGAGACUUGUGGUACAGGUUGUCCCACUACCUGCAUGGAGACAUCUGCACCUGACAGCUGUCCUCUACCAUCUGUUGAAGGAUGUUUCUGUGACCCUGGAUACACUCUUAGUGGAGACAUCUGUAUUCUGAACAGUCAGUGUGGCUGUGUGCACCACAACAAAUAUUAUCAGAGUUCUGAAAGCUGGUUCACAAAUGAGAACUGCACGGAGCGCUGUACGUGCAUGGGCAACAACGUCACUCUCUGUAAAACCUCGGCGUGCGAACCGCAUGAGAUAUGUGAGAGAUGGGAUGGAGUUCUGGGCUGCCAGAUGGCAGGAAGUGCAUCCUGCCACAUUGCUGGAGACACUCACUAUUAUACCUUUGAUAAGGUCAUGUACUCAUUCUCCGGCUCUUGUGCAUAUACUCUGGUGAAUUUGUGUGACACCAGCAAUGUACCUCCUCUCAGCAUCAACGUACUAAAUGAAGGACAACAACAUUCUUCAUCUUAUUUGAAAGAGAUCUACAUAGAUGUGUAUGGUAUUCGCAUUACUCUCCAAAAAAACAGGAGGACCUUGCUGGACGGAGUAAGGGCUCGUUCACCAAUCGAGAGUCGUAUGAAAGGUAUAAAUAUUAUAACAAAUGGUAUCUACACUAUGGUUGAGACAGACUUUGGCAUGUCAGUGAAAUUUGAUGGCAAUCGCAAUUUGGAGAUCAGUUUGCCGAAAGCAUAUUAUGCAAAGGUGUGUGGCUUGUGUGGGGACUACAAUGGCCGGCAAAGUGACGAGUUCCGAAUGCCCAAUGGAAUAAUUGCAGAAAAUGCAGAUCAAUUUGGAAACAGUUGGAAAUCGGGGGAAGUUGGCACUCAAAGCUGCCUGCCUAAAAAACAACGCCAAUUGGACUUCCUUUGCUCUCCAAGCGAGAAGAUGAUGAUUGAGGCCCAGUGCCAGGAGAUGCUGUCCAGUAAAUACAAGUCUUGCCAUUCCGUGGUGAACCCAGAUCUCUUCAUCGGGAACUGUGUGCAGGAUAUGUGCAAAUACAAUGGUCUACUCCCUGCGCUGUGUGAUAACAUUCAACAUUACGCUGAUGCUUGCAAGAAACAGGGAGCAGAACUUGUAUGGAGGAACAAUACUUUCUGUCCUUACUAUUGCCCACCAAAGAGCACCUAUGUGACCUGUGCUCCCGCCUGCCCUGCUACAUGCGACAGUAUACACGCAGCAUUCAGGUGCCGAACGUCUGCGUGUGUGGAAGGAUGUGCGUGUGACGACGGCUUUGUGCAGAGCGAUGAGCGUUGUGUUCCAAUCAGUGAAUGCGGCUGCAAAGACACAAACAAUCAUUACCACCCUGUCGGGGAGAAGUGGCUGACAGAACACUGCACCCAAAUGUGUGUCUGCAAGAAAGGUGGUGAAGUAACCUGCAUGGACUCUGACUGUGGAUUGAACGAGGUCUGCAGUUUGAGGAGGAAUGGACAAUACACCUGCAAUCCCACUGGGUUCAGCAAGUGCACUGUUGGGGGAAGUCCGUACUAUUUGGCUUUUGAUGGUUGGUUCCAUCACUUUGCUGGCGAGAAUGAAUACACUCUGGCAGAAACAACUGGCAUUCCUGACAGGCUGCAGGAGUUCAGGAUUCUUGGCAAAAAUGCACCUCGGAAUGAGAAGCAAAUCAUUAUUGAAGUCUACGGCCACACUGUCCAGUUGCAAGAAAAGCGAAGACUUGUGGUGGAUGGUGAAAUGGUGAAGCCUCCGAUUCAGCUUGACGAUGGUCUGCAGAUAUACCAACGAUCCAACAGGCUUCACCUGGAGACAGACUUUGGGCUCGCUGUCAGUUUUGAUGCGAAAGCUCACGCAGAUAUCACUCUGCCCAAUAACUACAUUAAAUGGGUUCGAGGAUUGUGCAGUAAUUUUGAUGGAACGAGUACAAAUGAUCUCAUGCAGUCAGAUGGAACAAGAAAUACGGAUGUAAAUUCUUCUGGCAAAAGUUCAGGAGUUCUCAAAAGUAGACCUGGAUCUGGAAGACCAGCAGCGGCAAAUGGACGGAGGUCCUCAUGGAAACAUUCCACCAGCGAUGAAAAUGUGGAAACAGGCGUUGGAUUUGACUUGCAUUGUAGCGAAAGGGAACUGAGGCUCAUAGACAGCAAUGGUUAUUGUGGAAUAAUUUCUGACACUGAUGGACCAUUCAGCAACUGCCACAGAAUCAUCUCUCCAGAACAGUACCGACUGAACUGCAUCUUCAGUUUAUGUUCAGUGCGGAAUAUCACUGAGGUGCUCUGUUUUAACCUGGAACAAUAUGCCUUGCACUGCCAAGAACAAGGAGUCGCUCUGGGAGAAUGGAGGAAAGACAGUCGCUGUGAGAUGGUGUGUCCGGACAAUAGCCAAUACAACAUACAGAUGUCGUCCUGUCCUGCUUCCUGUGCUAACCUUGGUGCCCCCUCAGAGUGUGAAUCACCCACCGUAGAGGGCUGUGACUGUCUGCCAGGCUUUGUACUCAGUGAUUUCCACUGUGUCCCCUACAAAUCAUGUGGAUGCACUUAUCGAACCAAGUAUUAUGAGGUCGGGGAAAAGUUUAUCACUGAAGAUUGUUCCGAAACUUGUGAGUGUGUCAAUACUGGAACAGUGAACUGCACGGGAAUGCGUUGUGCUCCUGGCACCACUUGUACCAUCGCUAAUCAAGCCAGAGGAUGCUUCUGAUGAAAGGACGUAUGUUGUUCAUUUAAAGCAAGGUAAUACAGAUCUACUGGAUGAGAGGAGUUUACAAGAUUUCAGCAAGCUAUUGUAUUUUUUAUGAUUGUCAAUGGUAGUGAUAAAAUAGUCUGAAUUUUUUAAUAAAAAGAACUACGCUAUUUGCCAUUCCUACAUUUGUUGAGAUAUCUGCAUGUUUAAAUAUUAAUCUACAAAUUGUUUAUAAUCUUUUACAACAAUUGCUUAUGAAUCCAAAUUGGUCAAUUAUUUUGAAUGCAAAGUAAAGACAAUACUUUAUGCAAAAACACUGACAUACGAUUUUCAUUUCAUUGAAAAUUAUUUUAUAAAAUAAAAGUUUUUCAAUAUUU